CAUCUUCUAGAAUCCUUCUAAAACCCUUAGAAGCCCUCCGCUUUCCAGCCGUUUUCAGCUUCUUCUAUUUCUCUGUUGAGCUGUGUGCAUUUUUUUAUCCCAUUGAAUCAUGUCUGGUUCAGCAGAUCAUUCGGAAUCGAGGGUCGAGACUGUAUCUUGGAUUGAAAACAUACUCUAUAAAUGUGAAGUUGUGUACUUGGAAGUUAAAGAGGACACUCGUAAAUAUGUUCAAAGUCAAGUAGAAACAGUUGGUGCAAGUGUCAGGAAGUUCUAUGAAGAAGUGAUGCAAGAUUUAAUUCUUGAACCGCUCUCAGAAUCCACAUCUUCAAUCCGUGACAAUAGAGAGAUUGUAUCUAUUUCCCAAGAUAUAGAACUGGACAUCCCAGAGACAUCAAAUAGAAUGUGCAAAGAUAUGUCCGAUUCAACUUGUGACGCGACCUUAUCAGAUGAACUGGCUGAGCAUAAGCAACAACUUUCUGAUUGUCCUAAAGAGACAACCAUGGAAAAUUCCGAUGAUUUACCAGAUAUUAGCAGCUCAACAGAUUUUGCACCAUUUGAAUCUCCGAGGCUUCUGGUGGAAGGCAUUUCUUCUUCUGAUGAUUUAGCAACAGAAUCAAGUGAGGGGACUCAUAUAAAUGAUGAUAGAGCUCAACAGACCGAUUCGGAAGGCAACACCAACACUAUCAGCAGAGAAUCUGGUGAAAGGGCAGAACUGUUCAACACCAAUGUUGUGGAUAAGUGUGACGUGUUCGACGAAGAGGUAGAAAUCGUUGGGCUCAUUGAUGAGCUCCGCUUACCACGACAAGUAUCCAAACGUAACUCGUACAAGAAAAAGAUUUUGGAAGCAUUUUCUUCGAAAAAGAGAUCAACAAAAUGGGAGUAUGAACAUCUGUCAGCACAGCAUGAGGAAGCUUUAUCUUCUUCAAAUGAGGAGCAAGUUGUGCCUGCUCUGGUGGUGCCCGACAGUGAUUUUCUUGAUUCAGAGUGGGAGCUUAUAUAAUACUACGUACUAUGUUUUAAUUUUCUGUUUAAUGUUAAUAAAACAUUUCAAUAUUGUUAUUGAAAUCCUUUAAUAUAAUAUUUGAGACUCAUGUCUCCAAAAAGUUGACAUGUGUUAUCUUACAUGGCAACUUUUAAAUGACAUGGCACGUGAAUAAAUUACAUGGCUUGGU